AUGACAGCACCGAUCGUCCACGCAGAAGGCGAGGCGGUAUCAAUCCAUGAGCACAAUCUUUUAAGUGAGGAAAAAUCUCUCUCGCUGAGCCAGGUACUGGAAGAGACCCUGGCACGCUUCCCAUCCACAAUUGAACUGCACGCACAAGCCGCCGAGGCUCAGGCCUGGCGCUCGCGCGGCCGACACUGGCUGGCUGACUCACCCGCUUUAACGUUUCGUUAUCAAAGCGAUCGUUGGGGUGACAAUAAUCGCCUGGACGAAUAUGAAGCAGGUCUGGAACUACCGCUGUGGCGAUGGGGUGAGCGCACCGCCACGCAAUCGUUAGGCAAAUCCAUGACGGACACAACUGACGCUCACAUCACCGCGCUUCGCUGGGAAGUCGCUGGUCAACUGCGCCAUGCGCUAUGGGCUAUGGCUGCAGCGCAGAACCGGCUGGUCCAAGCUGGCACUGAGUUGGAACACUCUUCGCAGCUGACCAAGUCGGUCACACGUCGCCACGAGUUAGGCGACGUGCCGGAAAGCGACCUGCUCUUAGCCCACAACGCCCUGCUCGAAGCACAAACCCGGCAUGUCAAUGCAGAAGCGUCCUUGCUCGAUGCUGAACGCACAUACCGCAACCUGACAACUCUACGUCAACGACCAGCAUUUAUUACAGAACCCCUCAGCCCGCUGAAAAGUAUUGAUGCAAAUCACCCUGCCCUGGUACUGGCGAACACUCGCCUUGAACGGGCCCAGGCCAACCUUCGCCUCACUGAAAAAAAAGCUAAAGGCAGCCCAAGGCUGCUGAUUGGACCUCGACGUGAGCGUGCAAGCUUCAGUGAUGAAUUUGAAAACAGCAUCGGCAUGACCCUCACCGUUCCCUUUGGUGGCGCCGCACACACCCGCACUGAAACGACGGGCGUUGCGCGAGAAGUUGCAGCAGCUCAAGCAGCCCGCGAUCGCACAGUGCGAACACUUGACCUGCAGUUGCACGAAGCUGCCCACGGCCUGUCGUUAGCAGAAGAAAACCUCACUUUGGCCACUCAACGCAAAGAACUGGCGACACGCAGUGUCAGCGCGGUCACAGCCCACGCUCGAGUUAUAGUGCCGCCGAGCAACGCACUUAUCGCCGGCAGCACUUAUUCCGGUCGAUUAAUUCGUCUGCACGCCGAUGUCGGCGACACCGUAUCCAGCGGCCAGAUACUCGCCGAACUCCAGAGUCCUGACUUCCUCGGGUUGCAGCGUGAGUAUCUUGAUGCACUGUUCAAACGCAAUAUGACAACAACGUCUUUAAACCGCGACAAGCUGCUAUUCAAAGAAGGUAUUGUGUCAGAGCGUCGCCUGCAGGAAACAGAGUCAAACAGCAGGACGGCAAACGCCCAGCUGAACGAACAUCACCAAUUGUUAUUGCUUGGUGGUAUGCAGGCAGCUGACAUCCGCCUGCUAUCAGACCAACAGCGCUUGCACGAUACUGCAUUUAUACGCACGCCAAUAGGCGGUGUUGUCACUGAGCGAAUGGCCGCAAUCGGCGAGCACCUUGAUGCGAUGGCGCCAGUCUUGCGCAUUGUCGAUCUGAGUACUUUGUGGCUUGAAGUUGAGAUUGCCCAGGAGGACCUGAAGUCAAUUACCCCCGGCAUGACGGUGACGGCGGAUAGCGACGACACCUUCGGUGCAACAAUCGAGUCGAUCGGACGAAGUGUUGACCGACGAACUCAGACAGCAACGCUCCGCGCGAAGGUGGACCGUGGCGCAGAGUAUCUGAUGCCCGGUCAGUUUAUCGCCGUGAAGGUGCGCGCCGGCGGGGAAAACAGAGAUCUCCUGUCUGUGCCUUUGAACGCCAUUAUGCGCAGCGGCACAUCUAACUAUGUAUUCGUUCGUACUGAUAAAGGUUUCGAGGCACGUCCUGUCACCCUGUCUGGUGUCAGCCGAGGUAGCGCGUUUAUAUCCCAGGGAAUCGAUGCCGAAACGCCACUGGCAGUUGCGGGUGUUGCCGCGCUGAAAAGUCUCUGGGCCAGCCAGCAAGUGAAGAUUAUAGUGAAGGCACCUGGUAUGACACCCGAAGAAGUGGAAAGUCGCAUCACAGCACCUAUUGAGGUUGAACUACUGGGCAUUCCCCAACAGGUAAUGCUGCGAUCCAUCGCCAAAUACGCGCUAUCAGAUAUUACCGUGGACUUCGCCGAAGGCACUGAUAUCUAUUGGGCACGCCAGCAGGUUGCUGAACGUCUGAGCGGGGUUUGGGAUAGCCUUCCGGCCGACAUCGAAGGUGGCCUCGCGCCAAUGACAACCCCCUUGGGGGAAAUGUUCAUGUUCACCGUCGAUGGUGAAAUCAGUCUGACAGAACGUCGCACGCUGCUCGACUGGGUAAUCCGGCCAGCGCUCCGCACUGUCCCUGGCGUUGCCGAUGUUAACUCUCUGGGCGGCUACGUCCGCAGCUUCGAGGUGAUACCCGACCUGGUCCGGAUGGCAGCAAAAGGUGUAGAUCCGCUGAUGCUUGAGGCAGCACUGUCUCAGAACAACAGAAACGACGGCGCCGGGCGCCUGCAGGAGGGUGAAGAAACCUUAUUGAUCCGUUCUGAAGGCAGCAUUAAGACCCUUAGCGAUGUCAGCGCCAUUGUGGUCAAGAUGAUUGAUGCCACUCCCAUUACGAUAGGUGAUGUCGCAAACGUUAAAAUCGGCGCAAUCACCCGCUACGGGGCUGUUACCCAGGAUGGGCAAUCUGAAGCUGUACAGGGUCUGGUCCUGGGUCUACGAGGCGCAAACGCAGAUGAGGUUGUUAAAGGCGUACGCAGGAAACUCGAUGAAAUCGCCUCCGCAUUGCCUGUCGGCGUGAGCAUUAACGUUUUCUACAAUCGCGGUGAUCUGGUGCAACGCGCCGUCACUACGGUUGCGCAGGCUCUGGCAGAAGCGACCGUGCUGGUCAUUGCACUGCUGAUCCUUUUCCUGGGUAACCUGCGUGCAGCACUCACCGUUGCCUUGGUUUUGCCCCUUGCCGCACUCAUCACUUUUAUCUUGAUGCGGCAGUUUGGCAUGUCUGCAAAUCUGAUGAGUCUGGGCGGCCUGGCCAUAGCCAUUGGCAUGCUGGUGGAUGCCGCCGUUGUUGUGGUUGAAAACAUAACCACUCAGCUGGCUGAUACCCGGAAAUCCCAGCGGCUGCCUCGACUCCACCUUAUUUAUCGAGCGGUGCGCGAAGUGUCUGUACCGGUGGCAUCCGGCAUCGGUAUUAUUAUCGUUGUAUUUUUACCCCUGCUGACACUGCAGGGACUCGAAGGAAAACUGUUUUCCCCGGUUGCACUGGCGAUCGUUUUUGCACUGGCUGGCUCGCUGCUGCUGUCUUUCACCGUGAUUCCAGUGCUGGCAUCUUUUUUACUUGCGCACACACAACACGAGGAACCCUGGUUGCCUCGCAAACUUCAGAGCCUGUAUGAACCCGCGCUGCGCUGGUGUCUGGAUCAUGCACGAUGGAUGGUGUCUGGCGCACUGCUGGGACUGAUCGCUGCGCUUUUCGCGUAUUCAUUCAUCGGCAAAACAUUUAUGCCAACCAUGGAUGAAGGUGACAUCAUCGUGCAACUCGAAAAGCUACCAUCCAUUACCCUGGAAGAGUCGGUUAAUCUCGAUUUGAGGAUUCAGGCAGCGGUUCUUAAAGCAGUCCCGGAAGUCACGCACAUGGUUGCACGCGUUGGCUCAGACGAAAUAGGUAUGGACCCAAUGGGGCUGAACGAAAGCGAUGUCUUCAUGGUCCUGCGGCCAAAAUCAGAAUGGCGCAUGACGACCAAAGCGGAGCUGAUUGAUGCAAUCCGCGUGGUGCUGGAUGGUUUCCCGGGCGUGGCCUACGGCUUCACCCAGCCCAUCGAAAUGCGUACGUCAGAAAUGCUGACCGGCGUGCGCGGAGAUGUUGCCGUCAAAUUGUUCGGUACAGAUCUCGAAAUCCUUAAUGAUAAAGCCAUCGAAAUUGCAGCCGCCCUGCGCACAGUUGUCGGCAGCGAAGACGUCUUUGCCAGUCAGAACGAAGGGGUUGUUUAUUUCGAACUUAGAGUUGAUCGACUGGCUGCAGGCCGUCUGGGGCUCAGCAUCGAAGCCCUGCAACGCAUGCUGCGAACACAAUUUGAAGGUGUCACGCUGGGGAUAGUACAGGAAGGUGUGCAGCGCACCCCGUUGCUGAUUCGCGCCAGCAGCGAAGUCCGCUCUUCUCCGGCCGAAUUCGCGAGCCUGCCUAUCGUUCUGGCGGACGGUAGCAGUGUACCGUUGAAGUCCGUGGCGCAGAUUCACCGUGUCGAGGGCGUGGUUGCUGUCGGACGGGAGCGCGGUCAGCGUUUCACCGUCGUGCGCAGCAAUGUCACCGGUCGCGAUCUGGUUGGGUUUGUCGACGAUGCAAAGGCAAUAGUUUCCCGAGACGUUGUGCUGCCCACGGGUUACUACCUGGAGUGGGGUGGGCAAUUCGAAAAUCAACAGCGGGCGGCAGCACGCCUGUCGGUGGUGGUACCGGUGUCCAUUGGUCUUGUAUUCCUGCUUCUGUUUUCCACGUUCCGUUCGGUGCGACAGGCGUUACUGGUCCUGACAAAUAUUCCUUUUGCAUUGAUUGGGGGUAUUUUUGCACUGGCGCUGACCGGCGAAUAUUUGUCGGUACCGGCUUCGGUUGGUUUCAUCGCGCUGCUGGGGAUCGCCGUAUUAAACGGCGUCGUUAUGGUGUCAUAUUUUAAUCAACUACGCGCACAAGGGCUGGCCAUGUCUGAGGUAGUCAUCGAAGGUGCAAAACGACGCCUCAGGCCAGUGCUGAUGACCGCGAGUAUCGCUGCGUUUGGCCUGGUGCCGCUGCUUUUCGCCAGCGGUCCGGGUUCUGAAAUUCAGCGCCCUCUGGCAAUUGUGGUCAUUGGUGGCCUGAUUACCGCUACUGCAUUGACGCUCAUUAUCCUACCCAUUCUUUAUCGACGUUUUGGUGAACCGGAGGCGACUAAAUGA